AUGGGCUACGAUUGCGGUGUUUGGAUUGGCAAAUAUGUGUUGUGCAUAUUUAAUUUUUUAUUUUUUGUCCUUGGCACAAUAGUUCUGGGUAUUGGCAUAUGGCUGGCCGUUGAUAAAGCUUCACUGAUAGCUCUACUGAAAAUGGUUGAAAAUGAACAUAUCAAUCAAUUUACUCAACCCCAAGUUAUUGAACAAUUGGCCUACGUCUUAAUAGCUAUCGGCGGUGUUAUGUUCUUAAUGAGUUUCAUGGGCUAUUGUGGUGCCAUACGGGAAUCGAAAUGUUUAUUGACAACGUACGGUACUUUUAUGAUUCUAUUGUUGAUUGCCGAGAUUGUUGCCGGCGGUUUGGCUGCAUUUUAUAAAGAUACGGCACGUAAUGAAACGAAAACGUUUCUGCAAUCAACCAUAACCAAAUAUUACACAAGUAGAGAACACACGGAUGCCGUUACAUUAAUGUGGAAUCAAAUGAUGAGCACAUUCGCUUGUUGCGGUGUUAACGAUUAUCGCGAUUUCGAUAUGUCGACAGCAUGGUCAGCUAACAAAGGCAAUCGCACUAUACCCGAAGUCUGUUGUAUAUUAAAGGAUGUUAAACUUAUGGUGCCGAGAGAUGAAGACUGUGUAACAAAUCCCAAUGAGGGAAAUAGUUUUUUCAAAAGGGGUUGCUACGAAGUAUUUACCGAAUGGAUUGUAACUAACCGCGAACUGCUUGUUGCCGUUUUACUAAGUGCUGGAUUUGUGCAUUUAUUGGCUAUAUUUUUGGCCUUUUGUCUGUGUAAAUCAUUCGCCAAAUAUCACGGCAUGAGACUGUAAAUUCAAUACUAAAAUUUUUUCUUUUCUUUUUUUUUUUUUUUUCAAUAUUUAUUUAAUAAAAAAAACAAAAA